ACUGUUACACCAUCAAUCCUGCAGAUGGCGCCACGGGUUUCACACCGCCCUUAAAAAAGACGAAACGUCACGCUUUUCUUUGUUUUUCUAUUCUUUCAAAAUGGCGGCUCGCAGGAGGCUCAAACGCGUGGCUUCCUCCCAGCCGGGAUUUUUAAGUUUUAAGUCCCCUUCGGAUACGACAGCGUCUGUUGGUAGCCGGAGAAAACGAGUGAACAAGAAUAAAAAGAAGAACUGGAACAAAUACAGCGAUGUUAAUGACGUAGAUGAGUUUUUAGAGGACAUCAGGCACCAGGAGAGAACCACCGGGGGUCUGCUAUCUGAGAAAACAGACGACAGCUUGUUUUUUUUGGAUCUUGGACAGCCAGAGAAACCACAACCACAAGCUGAAACUCCACAAGCUGAUGAAGGGAAGAAGAGAAGAGGGAAAGCUUCACGUCCUUUGAGGAUAGACCUCAUCCUUCAGCCAGAUUCUCUGGUUCCUCCUCCUAAAGAUAUUCUGGCCUACCAGCAACCAAAUGCCAAGAAACUCCGUCGGAUCGCCCAGAAGGCCGAGCAGCUGGCAGCCAAAGGCGUGGUGCCACGGAAACAGAAACGGCUGCUGAACAGACGGCCCGUCGACAAGACCGUGAAGAAGGCUGUGACAGAGGCCAACAACAACCCAGACCGAGACUAUUACGACAUAUGGGGACAAGAACCCAAAGUUUCAGCUGAUCCCUGGUAUCUGCAACAGACUGGGAAGAAGUUGGUUAAGCGUCCAGAGAAGCUGAAUGAGAAGCCGUCCGUUCUUCCUGCUGUGGAGGUGAUCUCUCCGGGUGGAUCCUACAACCCGGACUUCUUUUCCCACCAGGCGUUGCUCCAGGAAGCCCAUCAGGUGGAGGUCCAGAAAAAAAAGCAAGAGGACAAGUUGGAGAGGCAGCUGGCCAUCAAUAAAGAGGACAAAGCUACAGAGGAGACAAAUCUUCGUGAGCAAGUGGAAGGUUUAGUGGAGGAGGAGGAGGAGGAGGAGAAUAAUGACGAAGAGUCGGCUCCUUCAAAGGAAGAUGAGGAAGCAGCGCUGGCGGCCAUCGCUGUGACUCAGAAAAAAACCGAGAAACAGAUAAAGAAAGAGAAGGCAGAAAAACUUAAGGAGCAGCAGCGGCUGACCAGCAGACGACAGACGGAGCAGCAGCAGCAGCUCUUCCAGCUGCGCUCCAUAAAGGCUUCCAUCAGACAACAGGAAGAGAAGACCAAGAGCAAACAGAUGCAGCGCAGAGCCAAGCAGGAGGCUCAGAAAGCUCAGCCCAGACGUCUGGGGAAACUAAAAUUCCAGGCUCCAGAUUUGGACGUGCAGUUAAGUGACGAGCUGGCUGGCUCCCUGAGGCAGCUCAAGCCAGAGGGCAGCAUCCUAAAGGAUCGCUUCAAGAGUUUCCAGAAGAGGAACCUUAUUGAACCCAGAGAAAGAGCCAAGUUCAAGAGGAAACUCAAGGUGAAAUAUGUGGAGAAGAGAGCGUUUAAGGAGAUCACAUAAUCAAAGUUCAAUAAAAUAUGAAAAACGGAA